AUAACAGUAUGGAUUGCUGUCUUUGCAUAUUGCUGUUCUUUACUGUCUCUUUUCAUAAGACAUAUGAAGUUAGUGUAUCGACUCGUAUUCAGAACUGGCAAGUCGAUCCAGUCAUUGGGGAGGAUGUUACACUUGUCUGCACAUACGAGCCUUCAUACCAAACUCGAAUACUGAAUUGGAAAAACGGGAAUGGAGAUAUUCUGGCUACUGAUAGACAAUGUCAGGGGUAUGGAUGCCACAAGACGCAAGAGGUUUUAGACAACAGCAAGUACAGUUUGAUAGCGGAUUCUUCCAGCGGGAAUCUUACUAUUACGACAUUAACACCGAAUGACAGCGGUGUAUAUCAGUGUUUUGUAAUCACAGACUACCACACAGGGUUAAGUCGAAUUCAUUUGAAUAUACAACUACCAGCCAUAACCAGAUCGCUAUCAAUAACCAUUAAUCGGUCCAGUCACGAAUACAAGAAUGGAGCAUCAGCAGCCAUCACCUACGGGAGGACCAACUACAUGAUAUGCUCAAUCCAAAGCGCUAGACGUCCUGCAGAACUCGAAUGGCAAGUUCCUGAGGAAGUGCAAGCUCAACAGCAAGAUCAGUACAACUUCUUUCACGGUGACGUCUACACAUCUUAUAAAGAGGUUGUGUUAAAUCCAGCCAAAGACGAUGACGGAAAGAUAUUACGUUGUGUGGCUUUGCAUCAGGAGCUUGACCAUGAACUACAAUUGUCUAUCAUCCUAGAAGUUCAAGUAUCGCCGACUGAUUUAAUUCUAACUGCAAUUAAUGGAAUAACUACCAGCAAAGAAGGCUCAAGAAGUGCAGUUGUCUUUGAAGAUUCGCCGACAUCAUUCACUUGUAAAAGUGUAGGAUCACGCCCUCAUGCUCUUAUAUACUGGUUCAUUGGUUCAAACAAUCACACUAGAUAUUCAACAUCAAGGUUUAGCAAGAACGAGGUAGAACAUGGACUGCAUGACACUGAGUCUAUUCUGGAGCUGAUUCCGAAGAGGAGGCAUCACAUACAGGUUCUUCGAUGCAUGGCCAUCGCUGGCAUUAGCCAACGUCAAGUAGGAGUGAAGAUUACGGUUUAUGGACCGCCUGAUCCUCCCUACUUCAGUGGAACAGAAGAAAUCCUAGAUGGAAUAUCAUCAAAUAUAACUUGCACAUCAAACAAUGGCUAUCCUACACCAACGUUCCAGUGGUUUCUUGACACAAAGAACAUCACUAAGGAUUCAGACAGCAUAUCUUCUAUGAACAGAAAUCAUCGGGUUGAUGCAAGAAGUGUGCUAACAAUAACACCAACGAGACACGAACACGGAACACGACUUGUCUGCGAAGUUCAUCAAGGUGUUCACCGGGAUAGACAAUCGAUAAAGGCUUGGAGUGUUAUUAGUAUUCUUCGUGUUCUUUAUUCCCCAGUCAUUGUGGAUCAUUCUGUUCGCCGGGUACAUGUUGAUGGAGAUAGCGUGGAUGCCUUGCUCACGUGUACAUCAGAUAGUAGACCUGUGGCCUCGAUAACCUGGUUCUGUAAUGGAAAGCAACUCAACAAUAGCACCCGUCGUCAGAUUCAUCAGGGUCUUACAGAAGAAGAUACCUUGACUUUGAGUGUUCUGAUCAUUUCAAACAUUUCUGCACAAGACGAUGGCUACUAUACAUGUUUUGCUGAGACGAUGCUUGAGGAAGAUUCUGAAACUCUAUUUUUUUUUCUCAUAUUCUAG